AUGUCCAAACCUGUUAUUUUAAUGGCUCUUUACACUGGUAGUCAACACUCCAAAGAAGAAGAACGUUUGUUGGGUACCAUUGAAAACGAAUUGGGUAUCAGAAAACUUGUUGAAGAACAUGGUUACGAAUUGAUCACUACUGAUGAUAAAGAUCCAGAACCAACUUCUACUUUUGAUAAAUACUUGGACAGAGCUGAAAUCAUCAUCACCACUCCAUUCUUCCCAGCUUAUGUAACAAGAUCAAGAAUUGCUAAUGCACCAAACUUGAAAUUGUGUAUCACUGCUGGUGUUGGUUCUGACCAUUAUGAUUUGGAUGCCUUGAACGAAAGAGGUAUUGCUGUCUUGGAAGUGACUGGUUCCAAUGUCCAAUCUGUUGCUGAACAUGCUGUUAUGACCAUGUUGAUUUUGAUCAGAAACUACGGCGAGGGUCAUCACCAAGCCAUCAGUGGUGGUUGA